AGAGAGCAGUCCUGUUAAUGAUGGAACAAAGACAGCCAGAGGCUGAUGAUUUAAACAAACUUACUGCUUGCUGCAACCCACAUCAUUCAGCUCUGCCUGUUGCAAACUGACGGAGCUGGUUCCCCUUACCGACAGAAUGGGUUAGGUGUAACUGCACAAACCAGGCUUUGUCCAGUGCUUGUUUCCUCAUGUUACAAGGUCUAUCUCGAUAGAACCUGAAGAUCUAUCUGUAGUAAACGUAUUCUUGAUAAAUAAUACUUUUCAGCUGAGUUAUUCCGUUCUGUGUGGGAAUGUCUGCACACAUUUAUUCGGUAGAGACAUUGGGCUUUAAUAUUAACACCUUGCUUUAAUCUCUAUUAAUAUUCUAGUGAAGAUGAGUGUGAAGGAACCCUGUUGCCUCACUCAAAGCUCUUCUUGAAGGGUGAACACAGUUAAAGAUAACAGUCCUCCAAAGCACUGAAGAAACCGGGCAAGUUUGGGAGCCAUUCCAGGGAUCCAGCUGCUUGAUGGAAGCAUGUCAUCAUGCUCCAGCCGGCUCAGAGAGCAGGAGGAGCAGGGUCCUUUGACAUUAUCUGUGGACCCUGACAGUCUAGGCUUGUUCUGGAUGCUGCUACAGAUCUAACACCUCUUGGAUGAUCCUGGAGGCCUGUCUUUGAGCUCCAGUUUGUGCAGCUCCAAGUCCCAUUUCCAACAGGUUUUCUGUCCUCCAGCCUUGGCAGUGGAGCAUGGCUUACGGGGGAACACAGAGCAGGAUCUGCCAAGAGCCACAUCACAGCUUGCUGCUGUAGGGCCUCUGCAGAGGCAUCCUUGACCAGCCCAGUAAUAUCAGUGUGAAGCUCUUCACACUGUUCUGCAUCUCUUAUCUUGUCAAGAGGCUGAGAGUGGCAUUUGCUUUAACUGAGGCUGGUGGGAACAGGAGCUGGGUCCUUCAUGGGAAUAGGCCCUACGCUGGUCCACUUCACACAAACGAAAGGAUGGAGGAACGUACCUGAGUGCAGGCAAGCUGCCCCUGUUUUCCAUCAAAGCUCUGUGGCUUUCACAGAACACCUCUCUGCCUAAUUCCCACUUGAUGUGUGACCCAACAUGAUCCCAAGGCCAGUGCCCACUGCUUUCCACAGCCUCUCCUCCACUGGUAAAAAGACCUUUGUGCCCUGAUCAUGGAUUAUCCAUGGGAAGCAGUAGGAAGCUGUGGAUAGGUCCUUCGUGUCGCCUUUGGGAUACAGCAGCGAUCACGGCAAUGACUGAUGUUCACUCACUGGUUCUCCUGGAAAACCAACAAGGCUCCUCUAGACCUGUCCUCACAGUGAUGUCUCCAGACCGCAUGUCUGCAUUGGCACCUCACUCAUGAAAACCACUUAGGAGGAGUUCCCUGCGAGUGUGGCAGAGGCUGGGCUAGGUAGACGUGGAGUGACACGCGGACAGAAGUCGCCUUGAAGGGAACGGCACUGAACCUGCCCCGGGUUUGCCCAGCACAGGACAGCGGUGCCAGGCAUUCAUAGCUGUGGUGGGGACAAACAGCAGGACCAUGGCCAAUGUUGGGAGAAAUGCGCGGUCCCCAAGGAGCUCCUGGGCUUGCAAAGUACUUGUUUGCUCCAGCAAGAUGGAUUCUUUAAAAAAACCUUCAUUUUAACCGGCGUAAUUUCCUCACUGGCAGUAGCAAAAAGGCAGUAACAGUAAUAAACUCUCCGCACUGUUUUUCAGGUGUCUUUUUUAACAAGGGUUAAUCAACAGUAAAAUUAACAGGCCCCCGGAGGGAGCUACCAGCAGCCCGUGCUGACUCACGGACUGACAUUUAUUGCAGCAAGGAACUCCUUUGCAUUUCCUCCCGCAUGCGGAAAGGGACACUAACAGAAGAUGUUUGUAGGGAAAAGGGGUGGAGAGCAGGGAGGAACGCGGGCCAGCGGAGUUGGUUUGGUUAUAAAGAGCUAGGGAGGAAAGAGAGGCAGCAUUUCAGCCCGCAUCUGGGUCUUCGGAGGACUCUGCGAUGGCAGACAGAAAAACUGAGUCACUGCAUUCCUCCAUAGGGCUCUUGGGCAUUUCCGCAGGAUCGCUGUUACUGGCCGUGCAUUUCUAUGGUUUACCCGGAGCAGCCCCUCUGAUCCCCAGCACUGCUCUAGGAGUCCUUCUCUUGAUUUUAUCAUCUCUUCUGGCGUACGCAGGAAUUCGGAGAAGCCUAAGAAAUGCCUCCCUGUUUCUGUCUCUCUGCCUGACCAUCUCAGUGUUCUGGUGCGGCUAUGGAGUGGUCUUCAUCCUGGGAGGGCAAGGAGUUUUAAACGACACCGGUGAUUUCCGCAAUGCCUUGGUGCCUGGCCUGGUCACGUUUACUUUGGCACUACUCAUUAUUGCAGUGGUGGGCUUCCUUUGCAGAGAGGUCAUCCUAGCUAUGAUUGCUUCUGCUGUCUCACUUGCCAGUGCUCAUGAAGUUGCCAUGCAUUACAGCACAGCUUUCGGUUCCUCUGCUGUGGCUUGCAAUUAUAUGAUUGUCUGCUUGGUUGGUGGUUAUUUUGCUCUGGGAAGGAUUCUCUAUUUCCUAACCAAAGAGAAAAUUGCCCUCCCUGGCACAGAUCUGGCCAAGAAAAAGACCCGUGAACAGAUCCAAUCCACCAGUGGCAGCGUGAAUCAUUUUGCAGUCACCGGUCUGAUCCUGAACAUGCUGUCUGCCAGUGUCUUUGGCUGUAGGCUCCUGGGCAUCACUGGCAAACUAUUUAUCGGUCAAGUGCCCUGGCUGUGGGCAGCUGGGAUCUACCAGAUUGGCAUCUGCAUUUUAUCGUACCGUGCAAUGGAUGUACUAAUGGCUACGUUCUUUGGUUUCACUUCCAUCCUGAAAUUUGCUGGAGGCUAUUGCCUUCUGUACCCAAUCUGGCAACCAGAGGAGCCAUCUUUCCCUACUCCAUUCCUGGUGGUUUUCUCAAUUCUUUUUGUUGUUUUGGCUCUUUUUCUCACUCUUAAGAGCCCAGUGGAUGGCCUGUAUUUGCUGUUUUAUGUGGCCUACUGCAUUGCAUUAGCUUGCCGUCCCAAGGGAUUUUUUGAAGGUGGACCCCAAGGCGUGGAUGUGGCUAUCUUUGUGGCCUCAGCCUCGAUGGCUCUAAUUCACCUGUACAAUGUGAAAGCAAGUGCCAAGAUCCCAACAGGGAAGGGUGCUGUGAAGGCCCUACUUGCUCGCAGCAGCUUUCUGAAGCUUCGUGAAGGGGCAGACCUUCACGCUCCCUACCUAGGGUAUUCCAAGUAUGCCGAUGCAGAAGUGCUUGGCUAUGCGUGCAGUGUCCUCACUUCUUUUGCUGUAACAAUGACAGGGGACCCACAGGCUCCGCUUGCUACUGUUGUAAUUCCAUGGGUAGUGGUAGCUGGUGGGAUCCUUAAGCUUCUAAGUGGCUCAGUGGCCUUUGCCCGCGGUAAAACCCUGGAGAGCAGUGCCUUCAUUCUCUAUGCUGUCAUGUGGAUCAUCUGGGGCUUGACAAGAUACGGUGGCCUCUACGGCACUACCAGAAGCUUCCACGCAGCAGCAGGCAUCAUUGCUUUCAUGCUUUUCAAUGGCUUCAUUGUGUUCUGCACACUCUUCUUAAACAUCGCCUGGUUCUUUUACUCCCUCGCUUUCUCGCUCAUCGCUGUCAGCUUCUUGCUGGAGGCCAUCCAUGCUCUUCCAGCUGGCUAUGACGUUGCUGCCACUCUCAUCUUUGGUCUGGUCAGCUUUUACUGCUUUCUGUCUGCCCUUUUCAACAGCAUCUUUGAAGGUUCUUGCUUACCAAUGGGUAGGGCCAUUGUGCAGCUUAGUGGUGUGGGGGGAGGAAUGACCAAGUGCCUUCACCUGCCUGCCAGGAAAGCUUCCUCAGUCAAGAGAAUUGCAGAUAUCCUGAAGAACGGAGGGACUUGCGGCAUUCCCACAGAUACUGUGUAUGUGCUUGUGGCAGCCUGUAAUCGCCCUGAUGCUGUGGAGAAAGCUCACCACUCCAAGCGCCAGGCUCAGGAUCGCCCCAUGUCACUCUGGAUUUCUAGCCUAAAGCAACUGGAACCUGCAAAGCAUUUGUUCGCUCCCCUCCUCUGGGACUUCAUGGAGGCUGCCUGGCCAUCUCCUAUUAGCUUGGUAGUCCCCAGAGGUGAAUGGGUGGACUUCCUGGGAAUGAAGGACUCUGCUAAAUACGUCGGUACCCCUCAGAGCAUUGCCGUCCGCAUCCCUGACUGCUCUGUCACCACACACCUCAUCGACUUGGUUGGCCCCAUUGUGGUCACGUCAGCUAACCCAACGGGAGAGGCAGACACAACGCACCACAACCAAGUGUAUGCCAAGCUGGGAGACAAGGUGGAUGCGGUUCUUUGUGAUGGACCUUCUCCAGAGAACAUUGCCUCCACCGUUGUGGACUGCACCAAAAUUGACAGUGGAAACAUAGGGUUCUUCAGAGUCGGUAUCAUCCCCAAGUCUCAGGUGCUGCAGAUACUGGAGCAGGUGCAGAAGAAGCACAAAUUGGUUCCUGCCAGCGGCACUUGCACCACAAAAGGCGAGGAAGAACAUCUGAAUCACAGCCAUGCCGUGCACAACGGGGUGGGCACGGCAGCCUCGGAGGAGACGGUGCCGGUGCAGUCCCCCGACGACGGCUGCGAGAAUCACACGCGCCUCUGACUCCCGCGCAGGUCUAGCAGUUACGUGUUUGGAAGGGGUUUGCUGGAAAAUGAUGCGUAGGUCAAAUUGGGGAAUGGGAGAGGGAGGUUUCCCAGCUGCAGCGGUGACUUAUUCAUCUUUCUAUGGACACUGCUAAAAUAUCCCAGUGCAGAGCUGACUUACAGACCGCAGUCACCCAGGAGUAAAAUUUUCACUUGCGGAAGCUGCCAGCUUUCACCGAAGAUCAGACGUGACCAAAGAAACUGUUAUAUCGGUGACAGACUGGCCCGGGAGUAACAGAGCUUCUUUCCUUUCACCGGGAGUUAACACCUUCCGUUUGGGGCACAGACUAACGUGAAGUGUUUCAUAAUUACACGUUGGGGGCAAGACACUGUGUGCAGCUGGAAGUGGGAGGAGGGAAGGUGUAUUCAGGUACCGUGAUGGUGAAUGCAGCGGACUUUCUGGCACAGGUGAAACAAAGCCUGGCCUCGGGAGCUUGGGGCUAUCUUCUGACGCGUCUUCUCAAAAACGGAGGUGACAGAACCCAACACUAAAAAGAAAUGCCGCUUCCUGUAUUUUACAGUGGAAUUACCAUUUGGAUGAUUCCAAUAAUAUCUCCCUAGAAGUGCCGGAGCAUUACGGAAGACCCUCCUUUCCCAUGUUAUCUUAUGCAGAGUAUGAAUUUCAGGAGAAUCAUCUGCGCCGCAUUUGAGGAUGCUAGAAGCUGGUCUCUUGCCUUGUAGCAUAACUGUACACAUCUCAUGGUGCUUGUCCUCCAGAGCGCGGGUGUCGUGCAGAGCGGUAGCCGCUGAAAAGAAAAGUUUUAUAACCAAUGUCAGGAGUUUUCCUUGCCAAAGACAGCACGGCUGUGCAGUUAGGGGCUUGUUUAGCCUCAAAAAAACCCCUCUGUUCCUUUUAUUCUUACCUGACUCAGGUGCAAGGUGCUGAUCAAACUCCAGCUGAAACCAAUGAACUGAUUCAUUGAUUUCACCUGAAGUUCUGCUGGAACUUAAGCGUAAAUGCUGUGCAGCCAGAGGAGCUCAAACUCUAGGAACUACAACAAAAACCAGGUCUUCUCAGCUUGUUCUUACAGAACCGGCUCUGUUCCUGCAGAGAAAGAAAAUGACAGAUAAUUAACUUUGUUAAAUAAUUUUGCUGGUCUACUUACUGUAUCUCUUUGGAGUUUAUUAAACUGAUUUUUAGAAAGCAAUAAAAUAUUUUCAAUAAACGGUCAU